AUGGAGUAUUUUAAAAGUAGUUUGAAAUCCGUUUUAGGAACCGCACCCGCGGGCACACAGCCCACAGGCGCCGAUACAGUGGAAAGAUUGGUGGAUAGACUACAAUCUUCCACUCUACUCGAUGACAGAAGAGAUGCAUGUCGUGCACUCAAAGCAUUAUCCCGCACGUACCGUGUGGAGGUGGGUGCUCAAGGAAUGGACGCGUUGAGACAGGUGUUGGAAAUGGACCGGACAGAUUGUGAGAUAAUCGGUUUAGCCUUGGACACUCUAUGCAAUAUAACAAAUCCUGAAACAUUCGAUGAAGAAGUGGAUAAACACGGUCCUAAGAAUAAAAUAGGAGAACAAUUCACAGAGAUAUUUAUCAAGCAUCCAGAUAGCGUUGGAUUGGUCUUGACAUUUUUGGAGGAGUUUGAUUUUCGUGUCAGAUGGCCAGCAUUGAAACUAUUGACACAUUUAUUGACAAACAGAUCUAAAGACAUUCAAGAAAUCAUUUUGGUCAGUCCUAUGGGGGUCUCCAAAUUGAUGGAUUUGCUGAGCGACAGCAGAGAAGUUAUACGCAAUGACGUUCUGUUGCUACUCAUUCAAUUAACGAAAGGCAAUGCAAAUAUACAAAAAAUAGUUGCAUUCGAAAAUGCAUUUGAUCGUAUAUUUGAUGUUAUUCAACAAGAGGGUAAUGCAGAUGGUGGUAUUGUUGUGGAAGAUUGUCUAUUAUUGAUGUUAAAUCUUCUCAGAGGAAACGUUAGCAAUCAAAACUUUUUUAAGGAAGGCAGUUAUAUCCAGAAACUGACGCCAAUGUUUCAAAUACCAAACGAAAUAGAGGACAAUUUUGGUGGAUGGAGUCCACAGAAAGUAUCCAAUGUUCACUGCAUGGUGCAAGUUGUACGAGCACUAGUAGCACCGAGUGCUCCUGCUCAGGCAGUUGCGGCUUGUCAACGAACUAUGAGAGCAUGCGGAUUAUUACAAGCGUUGUGUGACAUACUAAUGGCUAGUGGAGUGCCCGCGGAUGUAUUAACAGAGACUAUUAACACUGUGGCGGAAGUGAUAAGAGGGAAUGCUAGUAAUCAAGAGUUUUUAGCAAGUGUUAUGGCACCGAGCACUCCUCCAAGGCCUGCCAUUGUUGUUUUAUUGAUGUCCAUGGUGAACGAGAAACAACCAUUCGUUUUGCGAUGUUCAGUAUUAUAUUGCUUCCAAUGCUUCUUGUAUAAAAACGAAGUGGGACAGAUGCAGUUGAUCCAAACUUUACUACCGCAAGCCAACGAGGCACCGUCGCUAACUACAGGACAGUUGCUGUGUGGCGGAUUGUUCUCUACAGAUUCUCUAUCGAACUGGUUCUCCGCCGUGGCGUUAUCUCACGCUUUGAUCGAGAACAUAAGUCAGAAGGAGCAACUUCUAAGAGUACUUCUCGCAACCAAUAUCGGGAAGCCGCCGGUGACGCUUCUGCAACAGUGCGUUAUGCUGCUGCAGCAGGGUAACAAAACGCAGUGCAAACUGGGUCUGUUGAUUCUACUCUGUCGGUGGACCUCGUACUGUCCGCUCGCGGUAAAAUCGUUUCUAGCUAUGGACUCUUCGGUAGCGUAUUUAAUGGCUCUCCUGUCGUCGCAAGAGAACAACGAAGAUUUACAGGAAAUCCUAUUGCAAAGCAUGUGCGCCUUUCUUAUCGCUAUUUGCGUACACUUCAACGACGAUAGUGUGCCUACUUAUACAAAGGAAAAAGUGUGCAAUUUAAUCGAGAAUAGAAUAGGUUUGGAAAGAUUUCAAGACGCCAUCGGUAGUAUCGCUAGGCACGAGAUAUAUUCUCGGACGCUGAAACAUCCGCAGCCUUCGGCGAAAAACCCGUUGGAACUUUUGUUAGAUCACGAAUUUUGCAGACUGCUAAAAAGUUUAGAAGGUGUUGUAAUAAAAUCGGUGAUAGAUGCUAAUAAUGAACAUCUGAAUAGGAAUCAGUUAUCUAUGAUGAGUUUAUCUGAUAAUACGCUAGUUUCACAAUACAAGGAUCUUAUCAGAGAACAGGAUAUGCAAAUUCAAAAGUUAAAUCAGGCUAACGAUUCCCUUGCAAAGGAAAAACAAGAACUUGAGGUACAAGUGCAAGAACUUCGAUCAACCGUCAGCCAUUUACGAGAUCAAAAUUUAGUUCUUCGAGCUACGCAAACGAAUAUACAGGAUGAAAAGGAGACCAUUACUAAUAGUAAUAAUCUAGAUUUGGAAAAAGAAUUACAAACAUACAAAACGAUGGUUGCAGAUUUAGAAAAUCGUUUAGCGGAAUAUUCGCAGAUAGCACAGGAGCGCAAAGAGAAGAACAGCGAGAAGGAGUCAGAUUUCGAGUAUCAAUUGAAAUUGAAAAUAGAAGAGUUUGAAAAAUUGAAAAAGGAUCAGGAGGAUCUUUUGGAACUCUUGACGGAUCAAGAUAGUAAAAUUAUGUUGUAUAAAGAAAGAUUAAUUGAAUUAGGAGAUAAGGUCGAAUCGGAUGAGAGUUCAGGUGAACUUGACACGGAUGAUCAACCAGAAUCAAGUAAUUGAGAUGUGCUAAUUAAUGUUUCGUCAGACAAAUUAAUAACAGAAUUCAGCUGUUAGAAAACUUUUAUAAGAUUUGUUUUGUGUGUUAUAAACAGUGUAAAAAAUAUGAAAUGUAUUUACAAAUGUAUACACACUUGCAAAUAUGUAUACAAAUAAUAUGCACAAAAAUUGUAAAUUGAUAUUGGUUUUGAUCGUUUCAAAUUUUCACGAACUAAUAAGCUGUACAAACUUCUGACAUUCAAUGAAAGAACUUUUUUUUAUACUGUGCAGUUAUAUGUUCUAAUGUAUAGGUGCUCAGUGAGUUUGCGCAAAAUAAUGUAAUUAAUUAUUGUAAAGAAGUGUCAUAUGUUAGAAUUGAAG